UUAGAUAAAAAUAUAUAAAUAAUUAUAUAUUGUAUUAGAAGAGUAUUAUAUAUUAUGCCUUGUCUUUACAUCACCACUAACCUUAACUUAGAUGGGAUUGACACUAAAAAUCCCAUCUUCUCAGAAUGCACCACUGCUGUCUCAACAAUAAUCGGGAAACCUAAAAGGAUGGUGAUGGUUCUACUAACAUCGUCAGUGCUGGUGACACUUGGUGGUAGCAAUGAACCAACUGCCUAUGCUGAGAUAGUAUCAAUGGGUGGCAUCAACUCAGAAGUCAAGAAGAAGCUUAUUGAGGCCAUUGGCAACAUUUUGGAGACCCACCUCUCUAUCCCAACAUCAAGAUUUUUCCUCAAAAUCUCCGAUAUAAAGAAAUUAAGUGCUAACUCAAAAAUGUAAUUCCUUAAACUUGGUUCUCCGGAGCCACAAUUUUAGACCUCUAGCUACUAAAUAAACAAUGAAAAAUGCUAGAAGUUAAUAUUAUUAGUUAAAAAAAAAGAAUUAAUUAGUGUUAGCUCGAAUA